AUGCAGUUUGAGGAAACCAAUUUGUUACGUCGGCAUACGGUACAGAAUCAGAGGCCCAAUGAAACCGCAGAGAAGGAACGACGAAGUGGACGUCCGUACCGGUUUGAUGUUAAAAGAAGUAAAUUUCAAAUGAUUCGGGAUGCCGUGGAUUCAUUUUUGAGAUCCGACGCACGUGUUAUUCAGGCUCUUGCAAUUACCGUUGUUGUUCUUGUCUUACUAUGUUUAGCAUUGAUUGGUAUGAGUGCGUGGUUACUUUUACAUGGACCUGAAAAUGAGGUACCACAUGUACGGGAUGAAAAAUUCUUUGAUAAUGAUGCCAUUAUGGAUAUUUGGAGAUUAUAUGAAAUGGCCAUGCGGACAAAAGAUGCAUAUCAUGAAGCUGCACUUCAUGAUUAUUUGAUUCGAUAUAAAACUAAAGUUAAUGAAAAGAAAGAGACUUGGAAGCGUGAACAUAAUGUGGAGACGAUUGAUGUUCAUGAAAUUCAAGAUGAUGAACCUCCUGUUUUAGCGCCGUAUACAUCGAGUCCGAAGGUUGGGUUUUCAACUCUCAUGGCAUCCUUGCGGAGGGUACUUAAUCGUAUUGAGUUACAAGGCCCAAAAGAUGGUUUAGAACGUGCUGCUAAUUUUGUCGAAAAAAAAAUGAAAGAGACAUCGUCGGCUGAAAGUCAUAAGAGGAAAAUAUUUGAAGAGGGAGAGGCAUCUGAACCGUUUGAUGAUAUUCUUUACUUACAGCUACAUCGAUUGUAUGAAAGUGAAAAGGAGAAUACCGCGUCAAUACCUGAGCAUAAAAGAGCCUGGUGGCAACGUGUAAAGAAAAUUGCCCCUUCCAUUUAUACGAAACGAUUUUAUUACCCACUGAGACGUUUUCAUCGCCUUCGACGCUUUUCUGCAGAAAAACCAGAGGAGACGGCAGCGUGGUUUAAUGCACUGGUGGAUGACUACUACGGUGACCAUGUCACCCACUUUUCUACACCAAAGAUUUCAGAGGAGUUUGCUCCGUCUAUUGCAGAUGUCAUUGGGGAAGGUGAGGCGUCUUCUUCCGAGUUGGACUCAUUGCCGCAUACCGGUUCACUAUUUCUUAACAUUGCGAGCUUUCGUGAUAAAGAAUGUUGGCCGUCUAUUGAUCACAUGAUUCAACGAUCCACGAACAUGUUCCGCGUAUACUGGGGAGUUGCGCAGCAACACUACUACAGUGAUCUUCCUUGUGUUUCCGCUGAUGCUCUGAAGCCUCAACCAUGUGUGGCAGCCCCUACAACAUCCGGUGUUAUGAUCAAAGAUGCGAAUUUUGACGGUGCAAUAUGUUUUCCUUCGGAUAAUAUUCGCAUUCGGCGUAUUCGUUCAUUUACCGCCCUUGGUCCAGCCUUUGGUCGCUACAUGUCGAUGCUUCUUUAUGGUGGGGAGGACUACAUGCUGGUUUUGGACUCACACAAUCGUUUUGUCUAUGCCUGGGAUGCACGUAUCAUUGCAAUGCAGGUUGCCUUGGAGCAUCCCAAGGCGGUUUUAUCACAUUACCCAGAGAGCUACGCCCCGCCAGAGAAGGGCGAAUUUGCAUGGGAACGUAAAACCACGGCGUACUUGUGUCAGGCCAAAUUUCUUAAUACAGCAGGGUAUUUACGGCUUGUUGGCAUUAUUAUUGGGGAAGGUGAUUUGUUCACAGAGAAUGCGCGUCAUUUGAAGCCGUAUGCGAUACCGGGACUUCGUCUGAGACCUGAUGUGGUACGUCCACUGGCGCAACCGUGGGCUGCCGGUGGGUUUCUCUUUGCAAAUGCGUCUGUUAUGCGCGAGGUUCCAUUUGAUCCUCAUUUGCCGCACCUCUUUGAUGGAGAGGAGGUGAUGUACUCGGUGCGUUUGUGGACGCAUGGCUACGAUAUUUUUUCACCUAAACGUGGUAUAUGUUAUCAUUUCUACGACCGUCCAAAUGAACCAAAGUUGUGGAAUGAGGCAAAGCGGUGGUAUGCGUCUCAGACUUAUACACGUCGUCGUAUUCAAUAUUUUUUGAGAUCUCGUCUGAUGGGCGUAGAUGUUUUGCGGGUUCCCAAAAACACGCAAGAUCCGGUGGUGAUGAUAGAUGCAGAUCGAUAUGGAACUGGGCGACUACGCACUGUGGACGAAUGGUACGAAUUUGCCGGAGCCGAUCCUGUACGGUAUACAGUGGACGGUCGAUGGUGCGGAUGA